ACGUAAAGCUACAGAAGCUGAAGUUUAUGAGCAAGAAAAAAAACGUAAUCGAAUAGAGGAACCUUGAGAUCCAAUAAAAGCAAUGCGAGAAGAACAAGAAGAAAAAGAUAGAGAAUUCGCUAUGAGGUUAGCUCAAGAUUAUGCAGAAGAAGAUAGAAGAUUAGCUAUGAGUUUAGCUCAAGAAUCUGAAGAAAGACCCGCCUUAAAACAAGAAUCUGAAGAAAGACCCGCCUUAAAACAAGAAUCUGAAGAAAGUCCCGCCUUAAAACAAGAAUCUGAAGAAAAUUAUGAUUCCUGUUCUUCAUAUUCUGUAUUAUCUUCUAUAAACUCUGGUGAUGAAGGGGAUGUUUUAGAAGAAAAAUUAAAACUACGAGAGGAAAUAGAUGAAGCUGUACGUAAAGAACAAAAUGAAACUUUUGGUAAAAACCCUAAAGAUUAAUAGAAUUAGAGACUAGUCCUGAGAGGGGACUAGUUUCCCUCCUGCAGUAUACACUGUAAUUUUUU